GCCUGUUUGUCGCUCCCGUUCGAGGCGUUUGACCCGAACAACGUAAGUGGGUGUCGGCGGGCAACUUCUCGCUGCUGCUGUGUUGCGGACCGUUUCUGGCAACAACCACUUACACAGCCGGACUGGAGCAUGACCCAGUGUUGCCUGCUCACCAAGUCGAUAUCCUGUUCGGCCGCGGAUGGAAGAUGCCCCCAGCCCAGACUUUCCUGACACGCACACAUCCACGCCCACACACACAUGACUGUCUAUCUGGCACGUAUCUGCGUCUUCGCUGCUGCCGCUGCCGCCGUGGCCGACAACGUGUGCCUCUUUUUCCUUAUCAUCUCCACUAUCGUCCUGCAGAUUCCCCGCCUUCCUCCCUCCCCCCUCUCUUCCUGCAACACGUUGUGCGCCAGGAUGCGUUGGUUGUUGGUCGGUUCGUCAAGCUCUUGUUUCCAGCUCCGUUUUUAUUUUCCCUUGGUUUUUUCCCCCGCAUCCGCGCCCAGCCCAGUCACAAACGAGCGCGCACGCGUGUGUGUGGGUGUGGGGGUGGUGGUAAGUCCAAAAGUGUCAUUGGGGUUGAGAGAUAUCUUGAGACACGCACUGAUGGGGCCGGUUUCCGGGAUCUUUGUGGGGGUGGGAAGGGUGUGUGUAAUCGGGCAACUCAAGAGCACCAUUGAUUCGCGAUGUGAUGAUGAUGACCGGAGGCAGUGGAGUUCGGACCGCCGCAGACGGGCCCUCAUGAGCAGGAGAAAAUAAACCGUGAGAGCGU